GCACGCGCACUAGCGAGUCGCUCCACGUGCCGCCGCCGGGCUGUUCCGCUGCCGUCAGCCUCUGUCCGGUUCUCCCGGGAGCCGCCGCCCGGCGGGCGGCCGGGCCCCACGAGAACAGCAUGGGUAGAGCCCUGGAGGCGGGCUGGGUGGCAGGCUUGGUGCUCGGGGCCGGCGCGUGUUACUGCGUUUACCGCCUGGCCUGGGGGAAAGAAAAGAGCCGGAAGACGGCGGCUGCGGGCGGGAGCAGAGGCUGCCCCGCGGGGCCGGGGCGGACGCUCCUCCUGCGGGAGUCCGGCCUCCCCGUGGGAGCCAGCCCCUCCCCUCCUGCAGAGGAUGAUUGUACCACAUCAUUUAGUACAUUGAAUACUCAAUGUCUUAAAAAAAUAAUUUGCUUGCUAGAGUCAACUGAAGAUCCUUUAAUUCGUGAAAGAGCUUUGAUUACACUGGGUAACUGUGCUGCUUUUUCAGUCAAUCAAGAUAUUAUUCGUAAUUUGGAUGGUCUCUCAGUUAUUGGAAACAUGCUGAAAGAUCCCAACCCCAAAGUUAAAGAAAAGGCUUUAAAUGCACUAAAUAACUUAAGUAUGAAUAUUCAGAAUCAGAGGGAACUUAAGGUAUACAUUAGCCAGAUCUGUGAGGAGACCAUUUCCUCUCCCUUGAAUUCAGAGGUACAGUUGGCUGGCCUGAGAUUGUUAACAAACAUGACAGUCACUAAUGAUUAUCAGCACUUAAUUGCCAAUUCAGUUUCAGACCUCUUUGGUUUGUUAUCUCUGGGAAAUGAAAACAUCAAGAUUCAGACUUUAAAAGUGCUUUUGAAUUUGUCAGCAAAUCCAGCCAUGACAAGAGAACUUCUCAGUGUGCAAGUGCCAUCAUCACUGAUUUCCCUCCUUGAUGGAAAGAUGGAAAAGGAAAUUCUUCUUCGUGUCCUUACCCUCUUUGCAAAUUUAAAUGACAAUAUAAAGCAGAAAGAGAAUUCAUUUGCUCAGCUUCAAUUUAAUAAUGGUUCUCUUUUCUCUUUGUUUUAUGGAGAAUCUACAGAGUGUACUGAGAAACUGCUAUCCUUAGCAUGUCAUCAUGAUAUCAAUGUGAAAGAAAAAGUAGCAAAAAUACUAACCAUACUUUGAUUGGCCUUGUAUUGCAGGAAAAAAGCCCACCAUAAAGAAUAACUCAUUGUUGCCUUCUGUUAGCAAGACAGGUGCUUAUGACACUUUUAUUUCAUUCACAUAUUUUGUGACUUUCACAUUCUCUCCCCCUUACCUCAUUAUAGUGGUGACUACAGAGCCGUGGGACAGAGAGAGAAAAUUCAUUUAGAAAUGUUUUUCCUGUUGAUUAAAAUAAAACUAAGGUUCUGAUCAGCCAUUUGCUCACAUGAUCUCUUUGCCAUUUACUGUAACCAAGGGCAAAGGUUAAUGUAGGAAGAUUUCUUGUUCCUUUGAACAAUAAAAAUAAAACUAAGAGAGGACCCACCAGUCAGAGUAUGCUCUGAAACAAAGAGCCUCAAGAUGGUUAGAAAAUUCUUUGUUACUUUAUAGUCUAAGACACUAAUGAAACCAGCCCCCAAGAGUUAAUUCAGAUUGAUCUACUCUUGAUAGCAUGGUGUGAGGUCAUCACCCAAAGAGAAAUGUUAAUGAUUUUACGCUUGAAACUUUGAAAAAAAUUCUUGUGGGCUAAAAAGUCCAAGUUUAUCCUCAAUUCAAAUUACUAAGAAUUUUUUGGUUAGCUUUGAGUUCAUGUGAAUACUACAGAGUUUAAGGCUGGGAAUUUUGAUAUAUGAAAGCUACAAAAAAAAAUUUAAAUGUAUCACAGUGUUUAAAAUUUAAAAACUUUUCAUAAAAUCGGGUAGAAUAAAGUCACUUUAAAGUACAAAACAAAUGUGACCAAUAAUCUGAAUAAUGCAUGUUUCGUUUUCAAAGUGAGCAAAAUCACCCCUUUCAUAUCUAGUCUCUUCAAUAUUUUUGGGAUCCAGUACCUUCCAUCCAACAAUUAGGAUUUGAACCUGAGGCAAAUUGCUUAAUCCCUCUGACAAAUUUCAUUUGCAAAAUAGUAAUAAAUUUGCCCUAAUUUCCUCAGGGUUAAUUCAAGGACCAAAUUAAUAGACAUGAAGAUGCUUUAGAAGGGCUAUAGAAAUACAUGGGACUUGAAAGAGCACAGAUUGGAGUAGGAGGACUUGAGCACCAUGGCUAUUCUGCUUAUAUAAUCUAGAGAAAGUCCUUCCGGGCCUCAGUUUCUUUAUAGGAAAAACAAAGGAAUUGAAGGUGUGAGAUAACCAUCCAGCUUCAUAUUUAGAAUUUUAUAGUUGGACUAGGACAGGAAAAUUGAGUUGGUUCAACUAACAGUGAGUCAUGUUAGUUGUGUCUAAUAAAUGAGAUGGAUUUUUCUAAAUAUAUACCAUGUGCUUUUAUUUUUGGGGUAUGUUAUUUUAAUGGAUUGUAUUUUCUAAGCAAAGGACUUUAUAAUGGGAUUUUUUAUUAUUUUUCUGUGAUUUGUUAUUUAACAUUUGUACUAUUAAUUCCAUAGCUCACUUUUUCUCUUUAUAAAAAGACAUUCUUGUUUAGUAAAGGUGAUUGUAUGGUAUAUUAAAUAACACUGGAAAAAUUUUAAUCAGAUAAACUUUGUCUGGCUCGUGUAUUUAUUCUUGAUGCCUUAUGUAUCAUAAAAAUCUUUCUGAAAUUGUCCGCCAAAGUAGAAGUUAAGAGUUGCUAUUAAAAUUUCUGUGACAGUAGUA